AGCCAUGGUGGCCAAGCGCAAGGGCCAGGGUGAGCCCGAUAAGCAGCAGCAGCUGCUGGACUUGGGGUCCUUCGGCAAGGACCUCCUGGCCGGCGGCAUCGCGGCCGCCGUGUCCAAGACGGCGGUGGCGCCCAUCGAGCGCGUGAAGCUGCUGCUGCAGGUGCAGGCGUCGUCCAAGCAGAUCAGCCCCGAGGCGCAGUACAAGGGCAUCGUGGACUGCUUCGUGCGCAUCCCGCGCGAGCAGGGUUUUUUCAGUUAUUGGCGCGGCAAUUUGGCAAAUGUUAUUCGAUAUUUUCCAACACAAGCUCUAAACUUCGCUUUUAAGGACAAAUACAAACAGAUUUUCAUGUCAGGAGUUAACAAAGAUAAACAGUUCUGGAGGUGGUUUUUGGCUAAUCUAGCUUCUGGUGGAGCCGCUGGGGCAACAUCCCUGUGUGUAGUGUAUCCCCUGGAUUUUGCCCGAACUCGAUUAGGGGCUGAUAUUGGAAAAGGUCCUGAAGAACGGCAGUUCAAAGGUUUAGGGGACUGCAUUGUCAAGAUAGCAAAGUCUGAUGGCAUCACUGGUUUAUACCAAGGGUUUGGUGUUUCUGUGCAGGGUAUCAUUGUGUAUCGAGCCUCUUACUUUGGAUCUUAUGACACAAUUAAGGGUUUAUUAGCAAAUCCAAAGGAAACCCCAUUCCUUGUGUCAUUUUUAAUUGCUCAAGUGGUGACUACCUGCUCUGGAAUACUGUCUUAUCCCUUUGACACAAUCAGGAGGCGUAUGAUGAUGCAGAGUGGUGAGGCUGAGCGCCAGUACCAGGGGACCAUUGACUGCUUCCUGAAGAUUUACCAUCAAGAAGGCGCAACGGCUUUCUUCCGAGGAGCCUUCUCCAAUGUCCUGAGAGGCACAGGUGGCGCCUUAGUGCUGGUCUUGUAUGAUAAAAUCAAAGAGCUGUUAAAUAUUGACAUUGGAGGCAGUUCAUCAGAAUAAUUGACAUGAGUAUAGAGCUUCCUUGUUUGAUGUACGCAUUGCAGAGCCAUCAUUUGUGUAAUUGUUAGCUUGUUAUUACCUGUAUCAGUAUUUUCUUAAAUCACUAAUUCUGUAAUAAAGCUCUGGCCGUUUUCAGGGAUUUAAGUCCCGUCAGUCAGAUAGUUAUGUAUUUCUUUGCCCUCUCUCGUGAAACACUUUGCAUUUUUUUCCACCAGUA